AGAAACUGUAUUGUGAAAAAGGCGGGCUUCGAUCAGCUGUGCAUUGCUGUGCAACGUGCAACGUUGGACGUGUGACGAUGAUAGUCCAUACAUGCUUGUUUGUUAAUUUGAACAUUUUUCUCAGUGUUAUUACUUGAUUAUUAACAUUUACCCUAGUAUAUUUUGAUAUAUCGUUUAUCGUUUGUACGCUGUGCGUCGUCGAAAUGGCAACUUUGCAAAAUACCGGAGCUGUCCGUCCGCCUAAGGCGAUCAACAAGCGAAAUCCGAAUCAAGAAGCCAGUGCUUCAGAGGAAAAUUCGCUGGGAAGAUUGCUUGAGAUCAAGGAGGAUAUCAGAGUCGACGCUGUGUACGGAUUUCGUCGAGUCACGGACUCGAAAGAGAGGAUAGGAUUUUUACUUAAUAUGCACGCAACUGAGAUUGCAGAGGAUGACAAGCGUCUGGUGAGUGGUGUGGAUUAUUACUUCAUUGAAGAAGAUGCUACCAGAUUUAAAGUAUCAGUGCCGUUUUCACCAUACUUUUACAUUUUAUGUCGUAAGAACACAUAUGAGGAAGUAUCGACUUUUUUGUCUAAGAAAUACAUGGGAAUUUUGACCAAAAUUGAGACUGUUUACAAGGAAGAUCUCGAUUUGCCUAAUCAUUUGAUUGGUUUGAAACAAAAAUAUUUGAAGCUUUCCUUUGCAAAUAUUUUUGAUUUAACAAAAGUUAAACGCAAUAUUAUGCGCGUUGUUAGAGUUAAUAAAGAGCGAGAGAAAAGUAAUACUUAUUAUACAGACAUGCUAGCAACUACUUUGCAACCAAAUGAACAGGAAAGUAAACAAACUUUAGAUCACAUGGAUAAUAUUCUUGAUAUUAGGGAACAUGACGUACCUCAUCAUGUCCGAGUAUCUAUAGAUGCUAACAUCUUCUGUGGAAUUUGGUACUCUGUAAAGACCAAAGGAAAUGAUCCACCUAUAAUUACACGAAAGAAAGACAUGAUUGAACCGCCUGAACCUAUUGUAUUAGCAUAUGAUAUUGAAACUACAAAGCUACCAUUGAAGUUUCCAGAUUCCAGUAUUGAUCAGAUUAUGAUGAUAUCAUAUAUGAUAGAUGGAGAGGGAUACUUAAUAACGAAUAGAGAAUUAAUCUCUGCAGACAUAGAAAAUUUCGAAUAUACACCAAAACCGGAAUUUGAAGGACCUUUCACAGUAUUCAAUGAACCUAAUGAGAAAGCAGCUAUAACUAAAUUUUUUGAUCAUAUUAAUGAAAUAAGGCCACAUAUAUUUGUAACGUACAAUGGUGAUUUCUUUGACUGGCCAUUUGUAGAAGCUCGAGCAGCUAUACAUAACAUGGAUAUGAAAGAAAAAAUUGGUUUUUAUAAAAAUCGCGAAGGUGUCUACGUUAGUAGAGCUGCUAUGCAUAUGGAUUGUUUAUGUUGGGUAAGACGUGAUUCUUAUCUCCCAGUGGGUUCUCAAAAUUUAAAAGCUGUCGCUAAAGCUAAGUUAAGAUAUGAUCCAGUGGAACUUGAUCCGGAAGAUAUGUGCAGAUUAGCAUCAGAAGAACCUGAAACACUCGCGAACUAUUCUGUCUCUGAUGCUGUAGCAACAUUUUAUCUCUAUCAAAAAUAUAUUCAUCCCUUUAUAUUUGCAUUAUGUACAAUUAUCCCUAUGGAACCCGAUGAAGUACUUAGAAAAGGAUCUGGUACACUGUGCGAAUCUCUUCUUAUGGUACAAGCUUUCCAAGCUAAUAUUAUAUUUCCUAAUAAACAAGAAACUGAGCUAAAUAAAUUGACGAAAGAUGGCCAUUUACUGGACCAAGAGACCUAUGUGGGCGGACACGUGGAAGCUCUGGAAUCUGGUGUUUUUAGAGCCGAUAUUCCUUGUCGUUUCAAAAUUGUGCCGAACGCCAUAGACGAAUUAAUCAAUGGUGUAGAAAAUGCCUUGAAACAUACGAUACAAGAAGAGGAAAAAGUAUCGAUCGAUAUGGUUACGAAUUUUAACGAAAUAGUAGACGAAGUUAAAGGAAAAUUGAAAGAACUUAAGAAUCAGCCUUUGAGAUUAGAGAAUCCCGUAAUUUAUCACUUGGACGUAGGCGCCAUGUAUCCCAAUAUCAUUUUGACUAAUAGACUGCAACCUUCUGCGAUAGUAAAUGAAAUGGAUUGCGCGGUGUGCGAUUAUAAUAAACCUGACGCUCUUUGCCAAAGGAAUAUGAAAUGGAUGUGGAGAGGCGAAUAUUUGGCUGCAAGUUUGGGUGAAUAUCAAAGAGUAAAACAACAAUUAGAAAUUGAGAGAUUUCCGCCGCAAUUUCCUGGUGGUCCUAAGAGAGCUUUCCAUGAGUUACCCAUAAAAGAGCAAGCUACGUUUCAAAAGAACAGGCUUACCGAAUAUUGUAAAAAGGCUUAUAAAAAGGCCAAGAUUACCAGAAUGGAAGAGAGAACACAAACAAUCUGUCAAAAGGAAAAUUCAUUUUAUGUAGAUACUGUGAGAGCAUUUAGAGAUAGAAGAUAUGAAUAUAAAGCGUUAACUAAAGUUGCUAAGCGACAAGUAGCAGCAGCGAUCGCGAAAGGAGAUGCGGCUGAUAUAAAAUCUGCCAAGAAUAGAGAAGUUUUGUAUGAUUCUCUUCAACUUGCUCACAAAUGUAUUCUUAAUUCCUUCUAUGGUUACGUUAUGAGGAAAGGAGCACGAUGGCACAGCAUGGAAAUGGGUGGCAUUGUAUGUUACACAGGAGCUCACAUUAUCAGGAAAGCUAGAGAAAUUAUAGAACAGAUUGGUCGUCCAUUGGAAUUAGAUACCGAUGGUAUAUGGUGCAUAUUACCUGCAUCUUUUCCAGACUCUCUUAUAGUUCACACUACUCAUGAGAAGAAAUCAAAAUUUACAAUCUCGUAUCCGAAUGCAGUUCUCAAUUUCAUGGUGAAAGAUCAAUUUACUAAUGAAGUAUAUCAUGAUCUUGUGGAUAAAGACAAUUUAACAUAUGAAAUCAGAAGUGAAAAUUCGAUAUUUUUCGAAGUUGACGGACCAUAUCUAGCGAUGGUGUUACCCGCUGCCAAAGAAGAGGGAAAAAAAUUAAAAAAACGAUAUGCAGUUUUUAAUUUCGACGGUUCGCUAGCCGAACUGAAAGGAUUUGAAGUAAAAAGAAGGGGUGAACUACAACUGAUAAAAAUUUUUCAAGCUUCCGUUUUCGAAUCCUUCCUAAAAGGAAACACAUUAGAAGAAUGUUACGCUUCGGUUGCAAAGGACGCAGAUUACUGGUUAGAUUUGCUUUACAGUAAGUGUGCAAAUAUGCCUGAUUCCGAAUUGUUCGAACUUAUAUCCGAGAACAAAUCUAUGUCGCGUAAACUGGAAGAUUACGGCGCACAGAAGUCCACGUCGAUUUCUACGGCUAAAAGGUUGGCCGAAUUCUUGGGCGACGAGAUGGUUAAAGAUGCAGGUUUAGCUUGUAGAUAUAUUAUAGCGAAUAAACCGCAAAGCGCGCCAGUCACUGAGCGUGCGAUACCAUUAGCUAUCUUUCAGUCGGAACUAGCUGUGCGAAGGCAUUAUUUAAAAAAGUGGUUAAAAGAUCCUACUCUGUAUAGUGAUGAUAUAAGAGACAUUUUGGACUGGAAUUAUUACAUUGAACGGCUCGGGAGUGCUAUUCAAAAAAUAAUCACUAUACCAGCGGCAAUGCAAGGCUUAGCUAAUCCAGUUCCACGGGUGCAGCAUCCACCUUGGUUACAUAAAAAAGUGUCGGAGAAGAGUAUGUCUCAUCGUCAGAAGAAGAUCACGGAUAUAUUUUCCGUAAAAGUUAAAGAACCUUCUCAUGCGAGCAAUACCGAAGAGCCUCGCGAUAUUGAAGAUAUUGCAGGACCGUCCACUAGCUUCAAGACUCCAGUUUCGGUUGUUAACAAGAGAAAAAGGCAUCAUUUAGAUGAGGAUGAGGAGAUCAGAGCCAGAAGUUGGAAAGAAGCUCUCGGUUCACCUCCUCCCAAGGGAACAACGAGACAAGAAAGAAUUAAAUGGUUGGAGUUUCAUAAGAAAAAGUGGGCUUUUCAGGCUAAACAGAGACAUCAGCAUCGACAGAAGAGGAGCAAGAUCGACGAAACCGACCAAAUUUCCUGGGGGGUUAUACGAAAUACAAAUACGUCUACCAUGACUGGUUUUCUGAGACGAGCUCAAAGAAAAUUGUUAGAAACCCCAUGGCAAAUCAUUCAGCUGUCAGAAACUGGUGAACCAGGCAUGUUUCGAUUGUGGAUACUGGUGGACACGCAAUUGCAUCAAGUGCGGCUCGUAAUACCCCGCAUAUUUUACGUAAACACCCGCAAAGCAAGAUCCGUUCCAGGACCUAACGAACUCUGGAAGAAGAGUUUCAAAUCUUUACCACGCUCCCGCCCGGUGUACAAUUUAUACCAAUAUUCUCUGCCAGAAUCUUUGUUUCAAGAACAUAGUCGCGAACUCCUGGAGGACUUGAGUAAACCAGAAAUUGAAGGAAUCUAUGAGACGCAAAUGUCAUUGGAAUUUCGGGCCAUAUUGCAAUUAGGAUGCGUAUGUAUAGUCAAUCCGCGUGCCGCGCGUAAAUUGGCGGACGGAGCCGAUACCUUCACUUUGGAUCAAUUGGAAUACAAGAGUAUCGCUUAUCAACCUUAUCUAAUUCAGCCGAUCAAUUACAUAUUUCUCUAUCAUCACUGGAGUUCGAACCGUCAAAGAGCUCUGUGGGGUUUAUUCUUAAAUGCCAGUAAAAGAACUUAUAUAUUCGUUUUAGAUUCAGUCGCUUCCAAUCAACUGCCUAACAUGAAUACAUUGUAUACGCACGAACGAAAGGCAAUAUUGGAAAAAAGUGGCGAAGACCAGAUAAAUAGAUUGCCUAAAACCAUGCAGUUCGUAGUGCAAGUUGUAACGAAUUUCCAACAGAUAUGCCGUACGUUGCAAGCAGCCUUGACUACGUAUAAAAACGAAAGUCACGGCGCUACGAUUAUUAUUAAUCAAACUGCUCUCGAAAGGACGGUGUUAACUACCGAAAUGCCGCUCCUUACCGAGUUCCCUCUCGUCAGCACACACGUGCGAGACGCUGAGAAUCUAUACGGCACGUUAGAAUGGCAGAAGGUGGGCGCGAAAGAGAUGAUCAGACACUACCUGAGAAGUCAACAGAUUUUGGAAUUAAACAUGGAACAAAGCCGAUUCUUCCACGCGCCUAUCGGCAAUGUACCCUCGGAUGCUACACUAUUCGGCACGGAUUUAUUCUACGCCAGACAUUUGCAUAGAAAUAAUUUUGUCCUGUGGUGCUCGCCAACAGAGAAACCUGACUUAGGCGGCAGCGAGAACGAUGAUAACAGACUACUGACAGACUUCGAAGAGAGUUCGAGUUGUGCUGCAAACAAUCCGGGCACGUAUUCCAGCGUUUGCGUCCAAUUAUCUGUAGAUAGUUUAGCUGUCAAUGCACUGAUGCAAUACCAUCACAUUCACGAUAUAGAUGGAACCAGCACGUUCGUGGCGUUUCACAAUCAACAACGUCCGUCCGUUCAGGAUAUGGCAAUGGGUGGUGACGCUGCGACAAUUCCCAGCUACGAUGAAAUUACUUUGUGUAAUCCAGCGUUUAAAACAUUGCGAAGCAUGGUAAACACAUGGAUGCUCGAUGUAGGAGCUUAUAAAAAUAAAUUCGCAGACUACCAGCUGAUUCAUUUCUAUCGGUGGCUGAGAUCUUCAAAUGCCUUGCUUUACGAUCCUGCUCUACGCCGUACUCUACACACAUACAUGAAAAAGUUAUAUAUACAAUUAAUAGCAGAAUUCAAAAUGUUAGGAUGUAUUAUAGUUUUUGCAAACUUUAACAAGAUCAUUGUAUGCACGAAGAAAAGAUCUGUAAACGAUGCAUUAGGCUAUAUAAGCUUUGUUGUAGAAACCAUAAAUAACAAGGAGCUGUUUCACAGUAUCGACAUUAAUUAUGAUAAAUGUUGGGAGUAUUUAAUAUGGCUUGAUUUGCACAAUCAUGCUGGUAUUAAAGGGUUUACCCCACCUAAUGAUGCAGAUGAUGAGAAUAAUGAUGACGAUAACAUGCCUCAAAUAAUGAUGAAUUGGAGUUUGGAGGAAUGUUUGCCUAAGGAAGCAGGAUGUCAAGCAAGUUUUAAGGCCGUAAUAGCGGGAUACAUAAACGCAGUGUAUCACUGCAUGAUUGAGAAUGAAGCUAAUAAUACUAUAAGACCGAGAAGAAGGCAGAGCCAAAGUCAAUCAUUUAUAGCACCACUUGGUUUAGGUGCAUUGGAAAAUACAGCCGAGUUUGCAAAAAAAUUAAUAUCAGGAGAAAUGUCUCAACGAUUGUUCAAAAUAACCCAAAAGAUACAUCGGAAUUUGCCAGAAAAGACAUUAACUCUCGAAGAAUAUCCUAAUUUGGAUAUGGGUGGAAAAGAAAAUAUAAAGAUCAAUCCUGCACUUGAAUUAAUCAAAGCAAUAUGCAAGGUCUUAUCUUUAGACAAAGAGGUGGAGAAUGAGGUUUAUAACUUGAAGGCAAAUUUAUUACGAUUAAUUGGUGUUGGCAGCUUUGGUGACCAGGUUGAAUGGAAAGACCCAUGUAUUUCUCUUGUUUUACCAGAAGUUAUAUGCAAAACAUGCAAUCACACGAGAGAUAUUGAUCUUUGUAAAGAUGAACAUUACACAAAUGAAAAUAACAGGCACAUGUGGAAGUGUCCUGUCUGCGAUAAUUCUUACGACAAUACAGAAAUAGAAUUUUCAUUGAUUGACAAAUUAAAUCGUAAAAGUAUGGGUUAUGUGCUGCAAGAUUUACAAUGUCGAAAAUGUAAGCAAAUCAAGCGAGAAAAUAUGAACAUGUUAUGUUCCUGCUCAGGCGAAUAUGAUAAUUUAAUUUCACGAAACGAAAUUACGAUGUAUGCAAACAUAUGUAAAUCUAUAGCCACCAAAUGUAAAAUGAAUAUUUUAGCAGAGAUAGUGGACAACACGAAACUCUUAACGGGUGGAUCUAAAACAAAGUCAGCAGCAUAUAUUAAAUCAUCUUAGUCAUGUAUAUAUAUAUAUAUUUGCAUGCAAAAUUUAUAAUCAUUUUUCAAUAUAAAAAUAAUAAAUAUUUUGUCUAAAAGACAUAAGUAAAAA